ACAAACUGAAGGGCAUCCGCAAAUUUGAAGUUUUAUUCACUUGACGUUGAUAAUUUUGUUGAUAUCAGGAGUUAUGUCCCUAGAUAAAUACACCAAACAACUCAAUGAAAUUGUUCGCCCCACGGGAAACAUAAAGGAACAACUUGUAACAGCCAUUGAAGACAUUACGAACAAAAUUAACCGGCUGAAAGAAGUAAUCUUUCUUUCAGAAAAAUGUGAAUUUUCUGAUAUUUGUCAAGACGCUAAAGAGUUGAAACUUCGCAUGGAGAAGCUAUUUGAAGGCGUUUCCCGUAACCAAAUAAAGAUGACAAAUAUACUCCCGGAAGUGGGCUCUUUGUACGAUUUUGCAUAUCCAGGAGUAGAAGCGUGUAAAAUUUCAGAAAAGCGACUACGAAUGCUCGAGUUUUCUGAACAUUUAUCUUCUCUUGAGUAAUUAUUUUAAAUUCUUAUAUCCCCAAUCAAGAUCUUCUGUAUUGGCUGCAAGAGUAAUGCAUGACAAAACUACAUUGGCUAAUGCAUUAAAGCAAUAUUUCUCCUUUGUUGAUGCUCAGUUAUCUGCUAAUCCUGAAAUCUGCGACUACAUUUUGAAAUGUACUGAGCAACAUGAAACAUGUUUGAAUUCCCUGACUUAUCUAAUGCUGUAAGGUGAACUAAUUCAAUGUAUUUCAUAUAUAGGGAUUUCAAGUCUUUGUUAAAAAAACUAAACAUCCCCAUUGUUGUAAUGGGAGUUUCUGAUGACAAACGCUGUCAGACGUGGUGUGAUGAUGAUUUACAAAUUUUCUCCCGUGAUUUCCACGCUCUUUCGUCGUUCAAUAUUUCGUAUCCUUUGAGAGAUGGAAUGCAUAACACUCAAUAAGAAAUUUUCUAAAUUUCUUGGUAAACAAUGCAUAUAAUAAGUUUAUACUAAUGACAAGUUAUUUCUUCAACAAAUUUGAACUUUUUAAAAAAAGUAUUCGUUUGUCUCCCUUGAAAUGCUAACUUUAAAAGCUGUCUCUCAAAGGAGGGAUAAUUCCACCCAAAGGCACACAGAUUUAAGCCACUUUAGUUGAAGGUGUUUUCUGCAUCUAUAGGUCGAUGUCACUUGAUUGACUAGAUAUUUUGUAUAGGCUGCCGAUACUUUCCGAGAAAUGUGUAUUGGUUGUGUGGUGAACAGUUUUACUUGUGGCACCAGUUAUAUUCUCGAAAAAUUACUAGUGUUAAUUUGUAUAUAUACAAAUUGUUAAAUUGUAUCAAUAUGAUCCUUAAGAGACAUCACUUCAGAGGUAGAAAUAGUGGUCUAGCUGUUCAGACACCUCCAGAUUUUCUUGAAUGAUAUAUAUAUGUAUAUACACAAUCUAUAAGCUGUUGACGCCUUAUAAUUCACUUUUCAUCAGUCAUUUAAAUAUCUUAUUGUCAAAACCAUUACUAGCAGAUGUAUGUUUACCGAUGCAUAUUAUUCUCUCCCCCAUGGAAAAGCGUUUUCGAUAUCAUUUUUGUGGUACUCAGAAGACGAAUAGAAUCGAUAUGCCUGAGUGGUAUAUGUCACAAGUGCUUCAAUGGAUUCGAGCAAACGAUUACUUUAUCACAGUUGUUGAUCGUGAUUUUAUCUCUGUUAGAAAUGCAUCUGCUGUUAGUGUUCGUCUGGAACUAAUGCGCGGUCUGGUUACUUUGCUGCUAGACAAGUUAAACUACGACCUUGGUCUUUCUACUUCUAUGCCACUACGAUUCAGUCAUAAAUUUAGUUUAAAACAUGAUUCUGACUCUAAAAUAUCAAAUGCUAUUUGCUAUCCUAGUCUUCCUAGUAAUUCAGACGGUGGACUAUUGAAUAAUGCAGAACAUUUUAGCCACUUAAUUGAUGUUGUAUUACAGACAGAUUCAAAGUUAUCUAAAAUGAUGUAUCCGCCUGAUUAUCCUAGACCAAGCGAUGUACUUUCGCAUCCAAAAGUUUUUUCACGUUGGCUUUUGCUAGAACAACAUUUGGCUUCUGAUAGACUAAAAAUUGUUCUGGGAAGUUCAUCAUCUUGGUGUGUUGUUGAUGAAAGUGAAGGGCGACCUCAGUGCGUUGAUGAUUUCAUUGCGAUUCUUCACGCUGUUAGUUCCAGAGGUCGACAACUGUCUGAUAAAGUGUCACAAGCCAGAUUUGUACAAGUUCAGUUGAAUUUAAUUCAUGAGUUUUACUUCGAAUGCGUUGAAUCGUUGACUCGCAGUCAACUGGAACUUGAUGCAUCAAUGAAUCUUAGUCCCCUUUCAAAAAGCAAAACUGAAAAAGGUAAUGAAACAUCUAACGUAUUCGGAAGCUUAUUUUCUUCUCAUGGUGGUCGUUCACCUAAUUCUCAGCCCCGAACUAAAAAGGCCUCAGUGAUCAACCAACUAAUUAAAUGUCUUGUUGAUGGUGUUGAAGAUCCUCGAUCUACACGUUGGAUAUUGACAAUGAAUGCAAUGAAGUGUCUUCACGAUGUUAUGUUAGAGUGGGCUAACGAUCAAUAUUAUGUAACAUUUUGGCAAGAUCUCUCAACUCGUCGGUUGUUACAGUUUGGUGAUCCUUGGCUGAAAGAUAUUGGUUUGAAUACUAAUAAGACUAACAUAAUGUCAUCUGAAUUAAAAGGACAUGAAUCUCCAAAUGAGGCUUUCAAUGAAUCGUGCUCUUCUGAUACUUACCUUGGUUUGCAUGGUGGCGUUUUCACUCAGAUGUUACUGUUAUACAGCAGUCAGAUAAAACGAAUGUUGGAAGAAACAGUUAAAAUGGUAACAAAAGACCUAAAGGAGAAAUCUUCGUUUUAUAUUCGUUCAUCGGAUCAUUGGCUCUGUAACACUUCUGAGUCAGGCAAUAUAAAAAGUGAAAGUGCCAAUUUAAUGAUGUCAACCAGUGCAUCGGUGUUGUUUCGUGCAUUACAUGACUGGUUGUAUCAUUUAUCAAAAUCAGUGCAUUGGAAACUUUUUCCUCAUAUAUGGAAAUCAAUAGCUUCUCAAUUGGAUGACUACUUUUAUAAUGAGCUGAUUCUAAUGAAUCGAUUUACUUCUCUUGGAGCUGCGCAAUUACGUUUUGAUCUCACAAACUGUUUGUACUCAGCGUUCAACCUGUACACUGAACGUCCAGAAUCAUUCUUCUUCCAAACUCGUGAUGCAUGUGUUCUUUUAAAUCUAUUGCCUGGAACAGCUGAACUUCUAAAAGACACUCUCAAAGAAUCAGUGAGUACUGUGCGAAAGGAUGAUAACAAUCCAUUGGGAUCCCUACUCGAAUUGGGAGUAUAUAGACUGACACCUGAAGAAGCUCUUCGUAUUUUAUCCUUACGUGUUAUUGUGGAUUAAAAGAAUAUUUUUGUAUCUGAAUAUCCUGUUACUAACAGAUGUCUUUCUAACUAUCGCAAUCCAUAACAUUUUUCCUUACUUGAAAAAAUUGUUUUCCAAAAGUGUAAAUAUUGUUUGAUUUUCUAAAAAUUGUUACUGUUUGGCUGAUUUGCUUAACUGUGCGGUAAUUAAUGUCUAACGGGCAUGUGAAUCGUGCAUGAAAGUGACUUGAGG